AUGGCUUGGGUUCUCACCCCCGGAUUUCCCACAGCCCUCUGGCAGCGCAUAAAGUUCGCAGCUCUAAGCACAGUCCACUGCCUAAAUGCCUUUUUUCAGCAGGCGCACCUUCCGAUAGAAUGUGCAAAAAACAAGCCACGAAAAUACACCAUGCCCGUUGAAGACAAAAGUCCGGUGUCAUGGGUGGUGGGAAAAAAGCGCGAUCAGCUGCAAACAAUUGUGCCGGUGAGGUCCCAAGGAAGUGCCCCAACGCCCCCCAAAAGUCCCGUUUUUUUUCUUCCGGUCCAAAGCCCCCUUUCCAUGGAUUUGUUCCCUCGUUUUUGA